AUGACCCCAAAGACCAAGCAAGAUGAAAUUAAGGCCAAAUACAGAAAAGCAGGGGAAACUUCAGCAAUAGCUUCACAAGCAAAGGACAAGCUUCUUGAGCGUGGAGAAAAGCUUGAGAGAAUCAGCCAACGAACAGCUGAGCUCCAAGACGGGGCUGAGAACUUUGCAUCCAUGGCACAUGAACUUGCUAAGCAAAUGGAGAAGCGAAAAUGGUGGAACAUAUGA